AUGAGCUCGGAACUAAAUAAAAACAAUAAGUACCCCAUUUAUGUACCCAGACAGACACAACAUAAUAACCGAGCUCCUUACAAUGUACUAUCACGAAAAUUUGCAUCAUAUGGAGUCGUUAUCAACAAUGAGAAAUGCGUACUAGAUUCCAAAGGGUAUAACGAGUUUUAA